AUGGCCGGGCUACUUGAGGCCAGUGAACAGAAUAAACGGGCAUACGACAGGUUUCUGCAGCUGUGGAACAACGAGCGCUAUAGUCCCAUCGUUCUUCCGCGCGAGCAAGAGGUGCUUGAUACAGUUAAGGAAUACCUGUCGAAAUCUCAAGACAGAAUAGCAAUGUAUGACAAGGUUCAUAGAGACAUGGUUCACCUACACAUGGAGCGGCUACGCUUCAUUUUCGAAGACUAUGUGCGUCUACGGCUUUCAAAGCUCAGCGAUAAGCCAUUUCUAUAUAUGCAGACGGAGCUACAAAAGUACCUCACUGAAAAUGAGCAGGAUGCCGCCAGAGCCUUUCUUGAGUUGUCGCACCAGUUGCUCAAUACAACCAUUUUUCAACCCAUUAAAGCCAUACUGUCCAACCAUGCAACAGAAUUGGACCCAGAAGCCUCCUUCCAAAAGGAGCUCCGCGAAACCCUUAGUCGACAGCUUAUCCUUCUCCGUAGCAAGGUUGUGGUUGUACGCUUUCUCCAAGCUACCACUAUCACAUCUUUCGAUACAGAGACUGUUGUGGCGGUAGAUGAUCAACUCGCAGUCCACUUCGAUGCCGUUGAGGACCAUGUAAUCAAAGGAUCUGCUGUGCUCGUAGGGUGA